CAGCGUAAACAUCGAUCUGUGAAAAGCACCUUUUUUGUCGAAUCGAAAAUAGAAAAGUUUGUGAUUGAUCGCGUGUAAUUUUGCUGCCGUUUCCCUAACAACGUGAAUCAAUAGCGGUUAAACAUUGAAACCAAAGGCCAUGGCUAGUGGGUUCGUUACGGAAACUGAGCUGGCCGAAGCGCGCCGCCUGCGGCAGGAGGAAUGGGAAAAAGUGCGAACUGCCGACCAACCGGAAGAGGCCCCCGAGGAGCCCUACGAUGGAAGAUCGCUGUACGAUCGACUGCAAGAGCAAAAGCAGAAGAAAGAUCUGGAGUUCGAGGAAGCCCACAAAUUGAAAAAUAUGAUCAAAGGUCUGGACGAUGAUGAGGUGGAAUUUUUGGAUCUGGUUGAUAAGAAUCGCAUGAACGCGGAACGACAGGCCCAGCUGGAGGAGCGGAAAGAGCUAAACGAAUUCCGUGCCAAAGUGGCCACCCUGCAGGAAAAGCGGUUAGAUGAGCAAAUUCAGCAGCAGGUCUCAAAACCGAAACCAACCAAAUUGCCCGUCACCAGUUCACGGACGAGUCAGAAACAAAUCCUGGCCGGUGCCGUUGUUCGCAAACGUAAACUAGAACCCGAGACCGCUCCAACUGCAGGCCCCAAAGAAGCCUCCGGACCGUCAGCGGCGCCAGAACCGUCAAAUGGAGAGGAAGGCACCGAGGAAAGGGUAGCAGAUGAUAAGAAAUCGAACGAAAGCGCAAACAAUACGGUCAGCAAAACGGUAGUACCCGGUACGGCUCUGAGAGUCAUUGGCGUACUGCCGGGAAUCGGCUCGUACGGUGGAUUUGGAGGAGAUGGUUCCGAUUCAGACAACAGCUCCGAUUCGUCGGAUUUAGAUACUAGUCAACCCGGUGUGGACUGGAUCGGCCGCAAGAUACGUAAAACAUGCGAUGAAAACUGACUUUGACCCUUGCCCUCUAGGUGUUGCCUCUACAAAUAUUCACAUUUUUGUCGUUUUAUGUAAAGUUCCAUGAAUGAUUCGUUCCUGGUGGUACAGGAUUUUUCCUUGUUUGUUCAACUAUAAACCUUCCCCGACAAGACGGGCAGUAGUAGAAUGUUCACAAAUGAUUCAGAAACGAAGGAGAGGAAGGUAACGGCUUCAAAAACUAGCAACCUCAGAGUAAGUGUUGUUGAAUUUGGGUGCUUGCUCAUACAUUACUAGGGCGAUAUAGUGAAUUAAACCUUCUCGACAGCACAGUA